UUUUUUUUUUUUUUUUAAAAAAAAACUAUAAAAAUGGCUAAUAAUGAAAUUCAGCUACUCGAAAAUGUUGAAUUGAAGCUUGCUAUGUGUAGCACUGACUCUCAACUUGAGAAGACCAUUGGCAUCUUUCUACCACCUGUAUUAUUGAAACUCUCAAGCACAAACGAACAGUCAAGAAAAAAGGUUAUGGACAUCCUUUCGCAUAUCAAUAAGCGCAUUAAAUCCAACGACAAUGUCAAACUUCCUUUUGAUUCUCUUCUAGAUCAAUUCUCAAAUAACGAUGUCUCCAACUUUGUUAAAAAUUUUACUAUUAUUUAUCUGGAAAUGUGCGUUAAACGCUUAACACCUGAAGAAACUGCUGUUCAUAUUCCAAAGUUUUUACAAGGUAUUUCUAAGCGUCCUGUAUCUCAACGUAUUACUCUUCUUCAUAUGGUUCUUCCGGCAUUAAAAAAAUGGACCUUGGAUCCUAGCAAGCAAGCUGAAGCACGCCAGUCUAUUUUCCAUUUUGAUGAAUACCCACAAGACGUCACUGUUAUACUCAAUUUUUUCAAAGAUUUGUUACUUUAUCAACCUAUGACGCCUCGACAAGCUUCAACAGAAUCUGAAGAAACCUCUCCUGUAUACCCGGGACUUAGUCCACAGGCUGUAGCAGAAGUGACCAAUAAUGGAAAGAUUUCCUGGACAUCCACUCGUGUCACUGAAGCAAAACUUGGUAUUAUUCAUUUUAUAUUAUCAAAUGUUUUUACGGAUGACGAACGACUUGAAUUAUUAAUUGCUGGUGUUUGUGAUGCAAAUCAUAUGGUUGUAUCUGCUUGUGAAGACGGAAUUCGAAGGUGGACAAAUAAUGUGGAUUUGGAAAACAAAGAGAUUAUUCAGUCACUUUAUACUCUUUAUCUUGGAACAAAACCUACCACAAGAGGGGAUGGUAAAGAUGGUCGGGCGCCUGUAUCAAGUGCUGUGAAAAUACGUAUAUUGUAUUAUUUGGGCAAAUCCAUUGUAGCUACAAACUUCCCCACUCAAAUGAUUCAAGUAGUAUUUGAUGGCAUAUAUGGUGAAUCUUCAAGUCUACGACUCCGUCGAUCAACUAUGGCUUUUCUUCAAUGGUGUGCUCGAAUGUGUGACUCUUCUACACUGGCUCCCGUUGCACCUAUUAUUGUAUCUGGAAUGUUAAAAUAUAUUGACCAAAACCCAUUUGUAUCUGGACAUGAUGCUGAAAGUAUCAAGGGGUACGCCUAUGUUGUUUGUGGACUGGUGAUUAGAAAAGUACCGAAAAUUGGGUUAGAAGACACACAGAUCAUCUCAUUGUUCUUUGACAAUAUCGUACUGGAACAACCCAAUGUCCGAGUUUAUGUGCAAGACGCCUUAUCCUCCAUGAUUGACGUUUAUGCUGGAUCUGAUAGUUCAUCUCCUAUAUAUCAUGAACUUCAAGACAUUAUUCUGAAAGCCGUGGAACAGAACAAUGCAAACUCAAGAUAUAUGGCUUUGAAAUAUGCCAAUGGGAUCUAUCCAUUUUCCUUACCUUUUGCUCGCUAUGUUUGCUUGCUUGGAACAUCAUCGAGUAUCAACAAAUUGGAAGUACAUGAAGAAGCAACACGUGGACUACACCCAUUUUUACGAGAUGUGGCUACUGGAUCAAUUGGUAGCAAAACCGAUAUUGUCCCACCUUCAGCAUUGCCAACAUUUGCGGAAAUGGUGAACUAUCUUGCGGAACAUCGACCUGGAGAACAAUACAUACAAGAAUCUCGAACGCCUGUUAUCAAAGGGUACCCAACAGAAGUCUAUGCUGAAAUUCUAGCCUUUUUACGGAUGAUUCUUGUUUUGGAAGCGAACCCUGAUAUUAUCCUUAUUGAUGAAUAUGUACAAGAUAAAGUUGAAAACAGUAUGUCUGAAGAUCCUAUUGCAAUGGAAAAUGUCAAGCAAAUCCUCAAAUUAUGGUGGAAGGAAGACAGUAGUGAAUCAGUAGAAAAUGGACGUCGAGCCAUUGAAAUAUGGUUAAACAUUGUAGAAAAUGCCUUGGAUUCAAAUCUGAAAGAUCCUGUAUUAACGUCCACUGCUGCCAAAUGUUUAUUGGAAAUGAUCUCACUUGGACCAUCCUCUAUUGCAAAUGUAUUCAAACCACGUCUGUCUCUCUUCAAGUCAUUUACCACAUCCAACAAAUUGGACACCCGUCUAUUAAUGUCUCAUAUUUUUGGUAUUAUUGCAAGUGACUCUGGUGUUCCUCAACAAGAAGUUGAAGAUAUCUUAUUGGAAUUUGGGGAUAUCCUGGAAGAGCCGGAAACAAAACAGAAUGCAGCAUUGGAUAUUGAUCGUAAGCAUGGUUCUCUACUGGCGAUUGGACAUCUACUUGGCCGAUGUUAUUAUCGAAAACGUUCUCUACGACCAAUGGUUGUAACUAGAUGUAUCAACUUACUUCUCAAACAAUUGGAUGGUAUUCCCAGCUCUACUUUCUAUUUAUUGGCCGGUGCAGCAUGUCAAGCUCUAGCAGAAAUUGGUCGUACUCAAUCCUUGGAUUUAUUAUUACAGUUGGAUCAACAAAGUGAAUCAUCCAAGGACGUAGAAAUGACGGAUGACAACGAAUCAGCAACAACGACAAAGAUGACCUCUAAAGAUGUAUUGGACAAACUAGCUCUAUUGGCCAAAAGUAGCAAGGACACAAAACUUCAAGAAAAUGCAAUCUUGGCUUUGGGACAUCUCAGCAUUCCAUUGGUUAUAAACUCGGAUUCGACUUUGGUAGAUACUAUUGUCGCAGCUCUUUUUGCAACUGCUGAUACAAAGCAAGUGGAACUUUAUUUCGCUGGUGGUGAAGCAUGGACAGCAUUGGCCUUUGGAUGGAAUUCACAAGCUCUUCAAAAAUACAAAGAUAUUAGUGAUAUACCUGCAUUAGACGAUCUUGUCUCUGAGCAAAGUGGAGAUCGUUCUGCCGCAUUCCAAAAUGUGGUAGAAACUAUCGUGAAAACCUAUGUAACAAGUGAUCGCUCUUGGUACCGAAAAGCCGCAUGUAUAUGGUUACUCUCUAUUUUGAAAUUUGGAAAAGAUCAAGAUAUUAUCAAGACCAAUCUAGGUGUGAUCCAUGCAUCAUUCUCUCGUCUUUUGAGUGAUCGUGACGAUUUUACCCAAGAAGUUGCUUCCAAAGGUCUGGGAUUAGUUUAUGAAUAUGGUGAUGCCAAGAUCAAAGAAGAUAUGCUUUACUCAUUGGUGGGAACAUUUACAGAAGGUCGAUCAAUUCAAGCCCAAUCAGUGACAGACAAUACGGUAUUAUUUGAAGAAGGGGCACUCGGUACAACUCCAGAUGGCAACUCAAUCACCACAUACAAAGAACUUUGUUCUCUGGCAUCAGAACUCAAUCAACCUGAUCUUAUUUACAAGUUUAUGAACCUUGCAAAUCAUAAUGCAAUGUGGACUUCAAGACGUGGUGCAGCAUUUGGUUUCCAAAACUUGAUGGCAUUAGCAGAAAAAGAAAUGGAACCUUACCUUCCUCGGUUGAUUCCCAAAUUGUAUCGUUAUCAAUUUGAUCCGAACCCGCGUGUCAAUCAAAGUAUGAAAUCUAUCUGGCAAAGUUUGGUCAAGGACUCACAAAAGACAGUGGACAAGUAUUUCAACGAAAUCAUCGAUGAUGUUUUGAAAGGACUUGGCAAUCGACAAUGGCGAGUACGUGAAGCUUCUUGUGCGGCUGUGACGGACUUGGUUCAAGGACGACAAUUAGCACAAAUCGAACCCUACUUGGAAUCUUUAUGGCAAAUGUGCUUUAGAGCUUUGGAUGAUAUCAAGGGAUCAGUAAGACAAGCUGCCACUCAAACAUGUAAGCAACUGACAAAAUUGACUGUUCAUUAUUGUGAUCCUGAAGUGGUUUCUCCACAAGAUGGUGGCAAGGUGAUGGACAUUGUGAUGCCUUUCCUUUUACAUAAAGGAAUUGUGUCGGAUGCUGAAGAUGUGCGCAAGUUUAGUCUGGAUGCUGUGCUCAAGGUAUGCAAAACUGGUGCUUCUUUACUGAAGAAAUAUAUUCCUGAUUUGGUGGAUACUCUAUUACAAUCAUUAUCGUCUCUGGAAUCUCAAACCAUGAAUUAUCUAAGCUUCCAUGUUGAACAAUAUAAUAUAUCUCAAGAACAGUUGGACAAUGCUAGAUUGAGUGGUGCUAAGAAUUCUCCAAUGAUGGAAGGUAUUGAACACUGUGUCAAUCAAAUAGAUGAAGAAGUGAUGGCGGAACUGGUACCUCGAAUUAUUCAAAUUGUGAAAAAAGGAACUGGUCUUCCCACUAAGGCUGGUUGUGCUCGUUUCAUUGUGACACUUUGUAUGAAUCGUCGUGCAAUAUUUGAACCUCAUGCUGAUAAUUUCUUAAAGGCACUCAGUGGUGCUAUCCGAUCCAAAAAUCCUGUUAUCAGAAAGACAUUUGCUACAGCCACUGGAUAUGUAUGUCAACUAGCCACUUAUGACAGACUGCUCUCCCUAACGAAACAUUUGAAGAAACUUUAUGUUGAAGAAGAAGAUGAAGAUUCUCAUGCUGCUGCUGCUGUCACGGCGGUAGAAAUUACAAGAUUUGCAACAGAUAGAAUGAACUCUAUUGCUUCUGAUAUAGUCCCGCUCAUUUAUUUUGGUGAACAUGAUCCAGAUGAACAAAUGAAAAAGUUAUGGCAAAGCGCUUGGGAAAAUUUAACUUCUGGUACACGAAGUUUUGUAACAUUAUAUGCUGACGAAAUAUUACAAUUCACCCAACCAUUAUUGAACUCAUCUUCUUGGAAAAUCAAACAAACAGCGGCUUUGACUAUUGCUGAUAUGUGCAAAUCAGGCGGUAAAGGAAUUGAAAAGCAUCUAGAUAAGCUUAUGCCUGUGAUGGUAUCCACUUUAGCGACAAGAUCAUGGAAUGGAAAAGAAACGGUAUUGGAUGCCUUUAGUCAACUCUGUGUAUCUUCCAAAUCCUUCUUUGAUGAACCAACGAAUCAACCCAGUUUGGCUGAUGUGGCAAAGAUAUUUAUUCGUGAAUCUAAACGCAACAAUCGUGUAUAUCAACGUCAUGCUCUUGUAUCACUCGAUGUAUUUUUGGAGGCAUUUAGUGAUAAGAUUGAUAUUUUUGGUCAAGUCCAAGAUUUUUUGACAGAUCUCUGCUGUAUGGAUGAAGCUGCUGCUAUGGAAGAAGAUGACGAAGAUGACAAUACAAAACCUUUGUUACUUAUGAUCAAAGCCAAUGCUUUCAAAGCCUUAACUGCUGGUUAUCAACCCAAGGUAUACUAUGAUCAAGAAAAAUAUGCGGAUACUAUCAGUGAUACAUUGACAACAUCAUUACAAGGGAAUAUUUGGAAUGUACAACUAGCUAUUCUACAAAGUCUUCAAGUGUUUAUUGAACAUAGCACACCUAGCUCUCUCAACAAUACUAUAUCAAGUAAAAUAGUAAAAGCAUGUGGGUAUUGCCUUGAUGAUCUCAAAUAUACUGCUAUACGAACGGCCUCUAUUGAUGUAUUGGAUAUCCUUGUGAAUCUUGAUAUUCUGAAUGAUGAACUCAAAUCUUCUCUACGAUCCAAGGUCAAUUCAAGCAUUCAUCGAGAAUCCAUUGCCCUAUUGAAAGAACGAUUGCAACAGAUUGCACAAAAAUUAAAUUAAGGUCAAAUAUAUAGUCAUUAG